AAGUUUGUGUCCCUUGGUGAAGUUGGGGAAUAAUUGAUGAUCUCCCAGUUAAUCGGUGCUUGGCUUCGAAGCGUAUUUCUCAAAAUGUUGGCGAAAUGCCCGAAGUUCUAAUUGCGUCCAGGUGUUGCUCUGUUUCGCACUGUGUAAGAACUGAUUUGUUUGUGAUGCAACACAUUAUAUUGUAACAGGCAAACUUUGCAAACAAUAGACGCCUUCAGAAAGAACUUAUGUCACUUAUGAAAGAGCCCCCUCCAGGAGUUACUGUAGAUGCUGAAGGAGCAGGACAGAACCUCAAUCAAUGGAUUAUUCAGAUGGAUGGUGCACAAGGUACACUAUAUGAGGGCGAGCAGUUCCAACUCCAGUUCAAAUUUAGUUCAAAAUACCCCUUUGACUCACCAGAGGUUACAUUCAUAGGACCAAAUAUUCCAGUCCAUCCACAUGUGUAUAGUAACGGACAUAUCUGUUUGUCAAUUUUGACUGAAGACUGGUCGCCAGCACUUUCAGUACAGUCGGUCUGCCUUAGCAUAGUCUCCAUGCUUAGCAGUUGUAAAGAGAAGAAAAGGCCGCCUGACAACUCAUUUUAUGUCAAAACGUGUAAUAAGAAUCCAAAGAAGACAAAAUGGUGGUAUCAUGAUGAUGAUGUAUAGGAUGAACUUUAUAGCAUCUUUAAAUUAAAGAGUACCACUCUAAAGUGUGAAACCAGAUGAUUUUUGUCUGUGAUCAUCUAUGAAAAGUGAAUAGUUGGUGGACAAACAUGGAUAUCUAAUGUGUAAAACAUGAAACUGUCUGCGUUUAAAUUUCACCAGUUUUUUGUGAUACUACAGUAACUGACCUGUGUCACAAAAUACAGCUUUGGUCAUUGAGUGAGAAGGGUUUUUGUGUAUGUUGCCACAAAUCUGUGUUGUGAUGUACUAGCAAGACGUUUUCAUAAUUUAAGGAACAUUAGUGGCUUUUGUGUGGAUUUACCUUUGUUGUUUCUCAUUGUUGUUGUUUGUAUUUUAUUCAGUUCAGUUUCAAAAGACUGAAAUUGGAAUUACUUAAUCCACAGCUUCUGCAUUUACUGAGAGUAAUCACCAUUUUUAGUAUCUAAGGUAUCUUGAAGUGUUUUCACUAGCCCACAGAGAGCUGCUUUUUGAAUUAUGUAUGUUGUGUUCACGUGAUGUUGGAUUAGAAUCAGUUUUACAUAAUAAGCAGCAUUCAUUGCACAAUGUUGUGGUGUGUGAAAGCUCAAGAUGUAAAAAGUUCUCAUAUUUUGAACCCUGGUUAACAUACGAUGCACCAGUGGGUUUAAUAUUGACAUGUUACUUAAUUUCUUACAGAAGCCAGUUAUAUUUUAUACAGAAUUAUUUGCUUGUUUUAUUGGUUUUGUACCUAGGCUAAAUGUGUGACUUCAGAUAAGUCAAGAAGUUCUUGCACUCUCAAUAUACUUCAUUGCCUUAUUACAAAUUGUAUGAUUACUGUAACUAAUAAGAUUGCUGAUGUAUAAGAGGAAAAAGAAGUCCAGUGUAAAUUUAUUUUAAAUUUUGUACAUUUCUUAAACUGUAAAUACACUAAUUCUGUCUAGAUAUUUAAUACUUUAAGGGUAUAAAUGAAAUCAUAUUUUUAA